AAAAAAAAAAAAACGAAAAAAAGCUUGGUCAAAGUGCACAGCUCAAAGAACGGGAGAAAAGGUACACGUCAGUUGUUCUGCGGGGCUUCAGGUCUACUACAGAGAAGAGAGGAAGGCCGCAGGGAUCUGCUGCACAAUGGGCUGUAUCCAUGGUGAUCCGAAAACGGCCCCUCGUCUCGGCCUUAUUCUUGGAUUCCUCUCGGUGUUCUGGACUAUCCCCGUGGCUUCACACCCACAGUGCCUGGAUUUCAAGCCACCAUUUCGGCCUCGGCACCAGCUGACCUUCUGCGUCAUGUACAAGGACUUUGGCUGCUGCGACUCCGCGCGGGAUCGGCAGCUCAUGUCCAAAUUCCACAGGAUUAUGGACCAUUUCGACGACUAUGGCUACACGACCUGUGCCUCUUAUGUACACGACAUCAUCUGUCAGGAAUGUUCCCCCUAUGCGGCCCAUCUCUUUGAUGCCGAGGACCCCAGGACACCCAUGAGGAUUUUUCCCAGACUGUGUGAAGAUUACUGCUCCAGUUUCUGGCUGAGGUGUCGGACCACCAUCCCCUUCCUCACAGAUGAUCCACGAGUGGCUCAACUUGCAAGCUACAGAACCCAAUUCUGUGACCGCACGGGUCUGGAAGACACAGACUACUGCUUUCCACACUUAGUCUCCAACAUGCAACUCACUCAGGGUCUGGGACACUUGGCCACCGAUGCUAAGGGCUGCAUACGACUCUGCCUGCAGGAGGUGGCCAAUGGGCUGCGGAACCCCCUGGCCAUGGUGCAUGCCAACGAUGGCACCCACCGGUUCUUCAUUGCUGAACAGAUGGGUGUGGUGUGGGCCUACCUACCAGACCGCUCCCGACUUGAGAGGCCCUUCCUGAACAUCAGCCAGGUGGUGCUGACAUCUCCUUGGGAAGGUGAUGAGAGGGGCUUCUUGGGUCUCGCUUUUCAUCCAAGAUUCAAGUUCAAUGGGAAGCUGUAUGUGUACUACUCAGUGCAAGUGGGCUUUGAUGAGAGGAUCAGGAUAAGCGAGUUCCGCAUUUCACCUGCUGAUAUGAAUGUGGUCGACCACAGCUCUGAAAGGAUUAUUUUGGAAAUCGAUGAACCAGCUUCAAACCAUAAUGGAGGUCAGCUGCUCUUUGCUGAUGACGGAUACUUGUACAUCUUCACAGGUGAUGGAGGUAUGGCAGGAGACCCAUUUGGGAAAUAUGGAAAUGCUCAGAACAAGUCCACCCUGCUGGGGAAGGUUCUGCGCAUUGAUGUGAAUGACAAUGACCGUGGGCCUCUGUACCGGAUCCCAGCAGAUAACCCCUUUGUGUGGGAGCGCAAUUCCAGGCCUGAGGUGUAUGCCUUUGGAGUGAGGAACAUGUGGAGGUGCUCUGUGGACCGUGGGGACCCUCUCACUGGGGAGGGCAGAGGGAGAAUUUUUUGUGGGGACGUCGGCCAGAACAAAUAUGAGGAAGUUGACAUCAUCGAGAAAGGGGGGAAUUAUGGCUGGAGGGCCAAGGAGGGCUUCUCUUGUUAUGACAAGAAGCUUUGUGCUAACAGUUCUCUUGAUGACAUCCUCCCUAUUUAUGCCUACUCUCACAAACUGGGAAAGUCAGUCACUGGAGGCUAUGUCUAUCGUGGCUGUGAAUACCCAAAUCUGAGUGGCAUGUACAUAUUUGGAGAUUUUAUGAGUGGACGUCUGAUGUCCCUCCAGGAGAACAGGCAUACUGGGAGCUGGGACUACCAUGAAAUUUGCAUGGGAGAGGGACUAACAUGUGCCUUCCCUGGGUUAAUUAACAAUUACUACCGAUACAUCAUCUCUUUUGCAGAGGAUGAAGCAGGGGAACUUUAUUUUAUGUCUACUGGCAUUCCCAGCGCAAUGUCCCCGUCUGGUGUUGUGUACAAGAUUGUGGAUCCUUCAAGACGUGCACCACCAAGGCAAUGUCACGUUCACCCUCAUCCUGUCAAAACAAAAAGCAAGCUGAUAAAAUUCAAGCCAAAAGAGACAUUAUUAAGAGUUGAACUACCAGCCAAGCAGCCAAAGCUCAGUAACACACAGCUGACUGUACCUCUACACAGACCUCAAUCCCAUAGUCAAGCAAAGAGAGAUUGGUUCCAGGAACUGUUGGACAUGCUCAGGGAGCAGGAGGCAAGCUUUUGGAGGACCACCCCUGCCAUAACUCCCUCCCUUAUUGACCAAGCCUUCCAACCAGCCAGGGGACACAAGACCAUAUACAGCUCAAGAGCUCAGCCUUGGGAAGGGGCCCUGCGCUUGGUAGGGAACAAUGAAGACAGACACAAUCAAGGUCGGGUGGAGGUUUAUAUUGGUGGGGAGUGGGGUACAGUGUGUGAUGACCGCUGGGAUAUUAGGGCUGCUGAGGUGGUCUGCCGGCAGUUGGGCUUCCAACGGGCCUUGAGGGCUACCACAAAGGCAGAGUUUGGAGAGGGAACUCACCUGCCUAUCCAUCUGGAUGAUGUCCAGUGCCUGGGCACAGAAGACAGCCUCCUGGAGUGCCAGCAUGCUGGCAUCGGCAGCCACAACUGUGCACAUUAUGAAGACUCAGGUGUGAUUUGCGGGAAUUCAAUACACUAAUGUCUUCUUAACAUUGCAAUAGUAAGUUACCUUGGUGAAUAAGGUGUGUGGGCUCAUAAUAUUACAUAGAGCCCAUUGGAAUUAGCUUUGGAGAAAAGCAUCUGCUAAAUAAAUAAAUGUAAGUGUAAUAGUGCAAAGCUUAAAGUGACCAUGACUUUUUUAAAAAACACAACUUCAUCUGUGCAUGUCCAUCUAUUCCUUAUAUAACAGUAUAAACAUUUUUUUCCAUAAUUCAACAAAAAUAAAUUAAAA